AUGUUAGACGCACAAGAACAACGCGACUACAACGAGGAGUAUGCAAAAGAGCUUGAGCGGGCAUUACCGAACACAGAACCUGUCGCAGAUCUCGAGCCGCUUGGGGGUCCUGACAUAGAUAAGCCAAUUCCCGCAGUGGAGGUCGCAAUGUUAGACGCACAAGAACAACGCAACUACAACGAGGAGUAUGCAAAAGAGCUUGAGCGACAAUUGAGUCCGUCGCAGGAAGGCGAGCGUGCCGAUCCCUCGCGUGAUGAAGCCCAUACACCUGUGUUCUCUCAAUCAAGCAUUGAUUCGGUAAUGGAGAGACCAUACGAAGAAGAGCACAGACCGUUAGCACGACCUCCGGCUCUGGAAGACAUCAUUGAAGAAUCCAGAUCAAGAUCUGCCUCGGUUCAUGGUAGUCCUGUCGAUCAGGAGGAUGACUAUUCACCUGUCAAAUCAACCAAGAAAGGCAAGAAAGGCAAGAAAAGCAAGAAAAGCAAAAAGCAGCAGCCGAUCAUUUGGGAAGACGAAACUGCAACGCCGCCACCGGAGCCGGAAAGCGAUCAAAGAGCAAAGCCCUCUAUCAGAUCCACAGAAGGUCCGGGCUCGCGGGACACUGACGCUGCUCGGCCCCUUGAAUUGGAAGAACCGAUAGACCAGCGGUCUCUCGAAGACAGGACAAUAGCUUCGCCUACCGGAUAUCUCGAUACCGCUGACAACAAUUACUUAAUUGAGAAUGAUGGGUCAGAUGACUACUUUAAUAUCCAGCCAAGCAGACCAGCAGAGGAAGAUGUGGGAAGGGAAGACACUCACGAGUUCCGUCGGGCUCUCUCGACUGGGCCACCGUGUUCUAGCAGAGAUCGAUCUCCAGCUCGAGAACCGCAAAUAGAUCAAGAUGGUCACCUGAGAGAUGACGCCGUCACAGCUUAUGAUCGAGAUGGAAAGCUUAGGUCUCUUGCUACGGACUUCCAUGACAAAUUAAGAACAGAGGUAGAGCCAGCUGAAGAACAAGUCAAAGACAAUUAUGAUCCUGCUCCCCUAAAAAGUACUAAGAAAGGCAAGAAAGCCUCGGCGAGGGAGCCAAGCCCUCAGACUCUAGGGCAGGAAAGUCUCAUGGACCAACCCCAAGACUUGGAAACCCCAACCAUGGACACUUUGAAUGAGAGAUCGACUUCUCAGCAGCAUUUCCUACAAUCUUCUUCACACGAGGACGAGCUAUCCUCGGUAGCUGAGGGGAGACCCAUCAGUCGUGGCAGGUCAGGAAGCAGGGAAUUGGUCGCCGCAGCAGUCGGUUUAGGCGUAGGUGCGUUAGCAGCGGGAAGCCUCUCCAAGAGAGACUCGAGGAAGGAAUGGAUACCUGGCGAGAAAGCAAAAGAGGCUCGCAGGGGGACAGACUUUGAGGCUGAAAUAGGCGAACCAGAAAACCCUCUCGACAGAGGAGGAAUGGAUGUCGAGGAACAAGAGCAUCGCCAGACAUCUGAGUCAGAACGCGCCACAAGAGCGUGGGAGCAUCACCAAGCUACGUCAUCUACAAAUUAUGAGGCGGCUGCAAGUCAUCCGUUUGUGGGAGAUCUUGGCCAGUCUUCAGAAACGCCUAAGUACCGAGACAGCGCCAUCUACAUCUCUGGUUCUCCAAUUAUCUCGGAAGAGAUACCUUACCACCGUGCCGUACGAGACAGUGGUUAUCCAGAUACUGAGGCAAGCCCGGUUGUUGGUGAUGAGCUCGAGAAUCCAGACGACCCAACGGAGUUGGAAAGCGGUGUUGCCGCUGGUGAAAUGGUCGAGCAUGUGCAGCAUCGGCAUAGCCGGGCUCAUGAGACUGACCAACGUCAAAGAUCAACGUCCAGUAAUCCAUCCGAGAAAUCUGUAGAGGCUAAUUCGGACCAUGAUGUCUCGGUAUCAAGGCCAAAAGAGAGACGGAAACGUUCGAGGCGGAGAUCAGGGACUGCCUACGACAGUGAUGACUCUGCGGACUCUGGCUUUGACAUCCAGCGCCGUCGCCGUCGGCAAGCCAUGGUAGCAGAGCCACGAGAACCUUCUCCAGUGAGCUCUACCACUAAGGACAGAUCGUCGGCACUUUUCGAUCCCUCGCCUUCGGCAAGGGAGGAGACAAUCGCCAAACCACAGGAUCAGGCUGUCUCGCCUCGUUAUAAUCCCGUCGGAGAAGAGCCUACUUGGUCAUUUGACCGCGAGGAAUCGCCACCACAGCGCUCAUCCGAGGCGUCGAGGGAAGGUAGAUCAGGCAACAUUCCUGCGCUUGCUCCCGAAUCAACAGACCACGACAUAUCUACAGGCAAUGAAGACACAGGAAUGUCAUUGUUUGGAGGCCCCCAAAGUUAUGAAGAUGACUUGCCAUCUCUUUCCAGAAGUCCACGUUCAAGCGAAAGCCGGGGUCGCCGAAGACUGAAUACCAUUUCGGAGGAUAGCGCAGACGGAUCACCGCUGCAUAAGAAAGACAAGCGCGCUGUGUCCGACGUUGGAUCUCCCGAAUCAGGUGUCAAAGGUCGAAGAAUGCGAUCACCAUCUGUCGAAGACGAUGUCGCUGGAGAAUAUGUAUCCACCCAUGACCCGAUUUCACGCCCACCUUGGCCCGCAGCUGACGAGGAGAAGCGUGCAGUAGACGAGCGCAGCAGAAGCCGCAACUCAGAUCAGUUGUCCACUUUGUCGAGUCACCAUAGCGCGCUGCCAGGUGUUACGCCGAGGCACAGGGAAGAUGAGUAUCGAACAGCGAGUGCAGCGAGCAUGCGAUCAGAGAGCAGCAUUCAUGCAAUCAUCCGGACACCGGAUCAAGUCCGAUCAGCCAGUGGACUGAGUUACCGUUCUUCUGGCACACCACCCUUGCGACGGGUCGACCGUAGCGCUAGCGGGGAUCUGCGGGGUGCCAGCAAAAAAAGCGAAGCUAAAUAUCGCGCCAAAAGCAGCGCCGAAUUGGAGGCUGAACUCGACAUUGGCAUUCCAUCUUCUUCAACCUACGACCCCGUCACUGAUAAAGGCAAAUCCCGUGCCGAUAUGGCUGAUGUCUAUGAGGGUUGGGGUGAUGUGCGCGGUCAAUCGCCAAUGUCUCCGACGCGUCCACCAAGCAUGCGCAAACGGCAAAGCAUGCAGCUCUUGGAUCUCGAGACCAGACUUGAUCAAAUAGUCUCGGAAAACCGACUACUGGCGAGUCAGAAGUUAACUGUGGAGAAAGCCUUGCAAGAGCAAGCACGUGAUCACAGCCAGGAACGGCAUGCCUACGAAGAAGGCAUGCAAGAGCAGAAGAUUUAUCUGACACGAAAAGAUUCCGAACUCAGCGAAUUAAAGCAGAUCAUCGAACAGCUACAUAACCAAGCAGCUCAUCUCACCGAAGUCAACGAGGGACUUGCCUCUUCCCGCGGUGUGGAUGAGGAGCACGAACAGAGGUAUAAUCAAUUACGCGCUGAGCACGCACACACCCACGAGCAAUGGCAACAAUCCACGAAGGAACUAGGGGACCUCAAAGAGCAGCAUACUCAACUAUCGACUGGUAUGGAGGACAUCGUUCGCCAUGAGGUGACUGUGGCCCUCGAAGAGAAAAAUCUUGAGUUGCGCCAAUUGCAAAGUGAACUUGAGAACGCCAAACAGCAAGUUCGAAAUUUGCAACAGCAACUAUUAGCGUCCAGGAAUAGUGAUGAUUUCGUCGAACGAGAUGAGGAUUACUUCGAUUCUCAGUGUCAAUCACUUUGCCAGCAUGUCCAGCAAUGGGUGCUGAGGUUCUCUAAAUUUUCGGACAUGAAAGCGUGCUACCUCGCCAGUGAAGUUCGGGACGAGAAAGUUGUCGAUCGCAUGGAAAAUGCAAUACUGGAUGGCUCCGACGUUGAUGACUACCUCUCCGAUCGAGUAAAGAGGCGCGAUGUCUUCAUGUCGGUGGUCAUGACAAUGGUAUGGGAGUUCAUCUUCACCCGCUACCUCUUUGGCAUGGACCGUGAGCAGCGUCAGAAGCUCAAGAAUCUUGAAAAGACGCUCCAGGAAGUUGGUCCUAUAAGUGCUGUGCACAAGUGGCGGGCAACGACUCUGACACUUUUAAUGAAGCGAGAAGCGUUUGAGAACCAGCGUGCCACAGAUACCGAAGCGGUUGUCCAUGAGAUCUACGACACCCUAGCUACUUUCCUUCCACCACCAUCUCAUCUUGUGGGCCAAAUACAGGAUUCACUCCGCAAAGUCAUAGAUACGGCAGCUGAUCUGUCAAUUGAGAUGCGUACCCAGCGUGCAGAGUACUCGAUGCUGCCUCCUCUGCAGCCCGAGUACGAUACCAACGGUGACCUAGCUCGAAAAGUGUACUUCAGCGCCCUUACCAUGAAUGAGCGCAGCGGUGCCACGUCCUCAAACGAGGCUCUGCAGGAGCAACACGCAGUCGUAAGAAUGGUUCUUUUCCCACUGGUGGUCAAGAACGAGGAUGAUGACGAGCAGAUUGUGGUCUGCCCGGCACAAGUACUGACUGCGGAGGGAUCAAAGGGGAAGAAGACGGUGAGGGUUAUGAGUGCGCAGGGAGGGAGGAGCGAGGCGAGUUUCGCGGGGAGCGACGUACGAAUGGAGGGAGGAAUGAUAUAG